UCGCCGAGUUUCAGUGUGCUCGAGCAAUAACCGGUGAUCGAUAGUAAGGAUCCCCUCCUCAGGGGCGACGUGGACGCGGUCGCGUUGGGCGGCGGCGGGGACGAGGCGAUGGGCGCCGCCGAUUCCGCGGCGGAGGCAGCCGUCGCCGCCGAUGUAGACAUGAAUCCUUUGAAGAGGACAUCCGAAUCAUCCGUUCAAGAAGAUGAAGGCGUGCAUAAACAGCAGAAGAGGGAGUGUCAGGAUUUCACCCCCAGAAGGUACCAGCUUGAUCUUUAUGAGGUUGCUACGCGUCAGAACACGAUUGCUAUGCUUGAUACGGGAGCUGGGAAGACAAUGAUUGCUGUCAUGCUCAUCAAGCAUUUUGGGAAGAUCAGCAAAACAAAUAAUGACCGAAAGCUCAUCAUAUUCCUUGCGCCAACAGUUCAACUUGUCACGCAGCAAUGUGAGGUGAUUAAGAGCUACACUGAUUUUGAGGUGGAGCACUAUCAUGGUGCAAAGGGUGUCGAUCAAUGGAAGGCUUACAACUGGCAGGAGCAACUUGCAAAGUAUCAGGUUAUGGUCAUGACACCACAGGUGCUGCUAGAUGCUUUACGCCAAGCUUUCCUGGUCUUAGACAUGGUUAGUCUCAUGAUAUUUGAUGAAUGCCAUCAUGCAACUGGUAACCACCCUUAUACAAGGAUAAUGACGGAGUUCUAUCACAGAUCUGAGCAUAAGCCAAAUGUGUUUGGUAUGACAGCAUCACCUGUUAUAAGAAAAGGAGUCUCCUCUGAUAUGGAUUGCGAAAAUCAGCUCUCUGAGCUGGAAAAUAUUUUAGAUUCCAAGAUACACACUGUGUUGGAUAGAGAAGAGAUAGAACUUUGCGUUCCUUCGGCAAAAGAAGUGAACAGAUACUAUGAGCCAAGAACUGUUUCUUUUGAAGAUUUAAGUGAAGAACUAGGAAUUUUGUGUUCCAAGUACGAUGGGCUGAUAGCACAAUUGUACAGUAGGCUGACCAACCAGUACAAAGAUGCUGAUGAAAUAACAAAGGAAUCACGGAGGCGUCUCUCUAAUUCUUUAGCAAAGAUUUGCUAUUGCCUUGAAGAUGUCGGUCUUCUUUGUGCGAGUGAGGCUACUAAAAUUUGCAUCGAAAGGGGUCACAGAAAAGGUUGGCUGAAGGGAGGCGGUGACACCACCGAUCAGCAAAGUGAUGCAAAUGGACCAGGCUUGUUUGCAGAAAAUUCAAUGCUUCAUAUGAAGUUCUUUGAGGAAGCGUUGCAUAUAAUUGACAAACGCCUCCAACAGCAACAAGGAAUUGAUGCACUUCUGAACUCAGAGAGUGGAUGUGUGGAAGCAAUAAAGGGGGGCUAUAUCUCGCCAAAGCUCCAUGAGCUCAUCCAAAUAUUUCUCUCUUUCAGUGAUGUUGAACAUGUCCGAUGCCUAUUUUGUGGACCGAAGAUUACUGCCAGAGUCAUUGAGCGGACUAUGAAGAAAAUUGGCCGACUCCCAUAUUUCAGAGUCUCUUUCCUAACUGGUGGGAGUUCUUCUGUGGAUGCACUGACCCCUAAAAUGCAAAAGGACACACUGGAUUCAUUCCGCUCUGGAGAGGUCAACUUACUAUUUACUACAGAUGUUGCAGAAGAGGGUAUCCAUGUCCCAGACUGCUCGUGUGUAGUACGAUUUGAUUUGCCGAAGACUACCCGCAGCUAUGUGCAGUCACGUGGGCGAGCCCGACAAAAGGACUCUCAGUACAUACUAAUGAUUGAACAGGGAAAUGUAAAACAAAAUGAUUUAAUAUCUUCCCUUAUGAGAAGUAAGACCUUGAUGGCCGAGAUUGCUUCAAACCGAGAGCCUGAGGAUUCACACCCCAGUUUCUUUCCCAUUCCCACAGAAGAAAUAAAUGAGUACCAUAUAAGCACAACAGGAGCCAAAAUAACUACUGAUUCCAGCAUCAGUGUUCUCUACCAGUACUGUGACAAACUUCCAAAGGACAAGUACUACACCCCAAGACCCACGUUUCAGUUCAGCCAGUAUGGUGAUGGCUAUGAGUGUACAGUAACAUUACCAUCUAGUGCCAUGUUUCAGCUUUUAGUAGGCCCAAAAGCAAGAAACAUGCAGAAAGCAAAGCAGCUUGUUUGCCUUGAUGCAUGUAAGAGGCUGCAUCAGCUGGGAGCACUUGAUGACCACCUUUCUCCAUCAGCUGAAGAGCUGCCACUGGAAAUUUUGAGCAAGACUAGUACCUGCACGUCUGGUGCAGGUUUAGGUACAACCAAACGGAAAGAGCUGCAUGGUACAACCAAGGUUCUUUCUAUGUCUGGCUCUUGGGCUUCAGACAGAAGUGUUACUAAGCUUCAAGGCUACACGAUGAAUUUUAUUUGUGAUCAAGUUGGCCAGAAAUAUUCUGACUUUGUCCUGUUAAUUGAUGCAAAUAUAGCAAAAGAAGCUGCUACUUUGGAUAUUGAUCUGUAUUUGCAUGACAAGAUGGUAAAGGCUUCAGUGUCUCCCUGUGGAUCUCUUGAGUUGGAUGCUCAGCAGAUGGAACAAGCAAAACUAUUUCAAGCACUUCUCUUUAAUGGUUUGUUUGGAAAACUGUUCACUGGAUCAAAAGCAUCCAAAACCGCAAGGGAGUUUAUUCUCAAGAAAGAUAAUACAUUCCUGUGGGACAAAGCAAAUAUGUAUUUGCUUUUACCUGUGGAUCCUACUCUGGAUUCUGCUAAAAGCGUUUGCAUUAACUGGAGUGUGAUUGAAGUAGCAGCUACAGCCGUUGGACUUAUGAGGAGCAUUUAUUCGGAGGACCAACAGAACCUGAUUGAUAAACUUAAUCCUGAAAAAAAUGGUGGAGAUCUGAUUCAUUUGGCCAACAAGUCAUGUAAGGCUGAUGAUCUUAGAAAUAUGGUAGUCCUAGCACUUCACACAGGGAAGAUAUAUACUUCUCUUGAUGUAUCUGAUUUAUGUGCGAGUAGCACAUUUGAUGGUGCUUCUGAUAAGAAAGAAGCAAAAUUCCGGACGUUUGCAGAAUACUUUGAGAAGAAGUACAGCGUAUUUCUUCAUCAUCCCUCACAGCCAUUGCUAGUGUUGAAACCCACUCAUAAUCCUCACAACCUUCUUUCUUCCAAGAUCAGAGAUGAAGGCAACCGUGUGGAAAAUAAAAAUAGGGCGAAUAGCCUUGUUCACAUGCCUCCAGAGCUGCUGAUUCCCCUUGAUUUACCUGUUGAUGUUUUGAGAGUAUUCUAUUUGUUUCCAUCCCUGAUGUAUCGCAUUGAGUCACUAAUGCUAGCCAGCCAAUUAAGAAGUGAAAUUGCAUACACAGGUUCUGAUAUAUCAAGCUUCCUGAUUCUGGAAGCUCUUACAACCCUUAGAUGCUGCGAGGACUUCUCUAUGGAGCGUUUAGAGUUAUUGGGGGAUUCUGUACUUAAGUAUGCAGUGAGUUCCCAUCUUUUCCUCACAUUUCCUAAUAAGCAUGAGGGGCAGUUGUCGUCCAGAAGGCAAGAAAUUAUAUGUAAUGCAACACUUCAUAAGCUUGGUAUUGAAAGCAAGAUACAGGGUUACAUACGUGAUGCUGCAUUUGAUCCUCGUCGAUGGCUUGCACCUGGACAGCUGUCUAUUUGGCCAUGUCCUUGUGAAUGCCCAGUAAAUUCUGAGGUUGUAACUGAGGAUAUUCAUAGGAUUGAUGACAAAUCUAUAAUUAUAGGCAAGGCGUGUGACAAGGGACACAGAUGGAUAUGUUCCAAAACCAUCUCUGAUUGUGUCGAGGCUUUAAUUGGGGCAUAUUAUGUGGGAGGGGGAUUAAGAGCAGCCUUUUCUGUUCUCAAAUGGUUGCAGAUUGAGAUUGAAACUGAGGAAGACCUGAUUGUGAAAGCCAUGUCGAGUGCUUCUGUGUGGAAUUAUCUGCCAAAAGUUGAUGUAGUUGAAUUGCUUGAAGCAAAAAUAGGCUAUGCUUUUUCGGUGAAAGGUUUGCUGAUAGAGGCUCUCACCCACCCAUCACAGCAAGAAUCAGGAGCAACAUACUGCUACCAGCGCUUGGAGUUCCUUGGAGAUGCAGUCUUGGAUAUUUUACUAACACGCCAUCUUUUCCUUAGUCAUAAAGACAUUGAUGAGGGGGAGCUGACAGAUUUACGAUCUGCAUCAGUAAAUAAUGAAAAUUUUGCACAAGUUGCAGUGAAGUACAAUCUGCACCACUUUCUCCAGCAUUCUUCUGGGCUCCUUCAAGACCAAAUCAACGAAUACGUGAAUGGUCUGGAAGGUUCAUCCAUGGACAGAACCAGCCUUUUAUCCAGUGGACCAUCUAGGGGGCCAAAAGUUCUAGGUGAUAUUGUAGAAAGUAUUGCAGGUGCAGUCCUUAUAGACACCAAACUUGAUUUGGAUCUAGUUUGGGGGGUUUUCAAACCUCUUCUUUCUCCAAUUGUCACACCUGAGAAUCUGGAGUUACCCCCUUUCAGAGAACUUCAUGAGUGGUGUGACAAGAGUGGGUACUUUUUGGGAAUUAAGUGUGAAAAUCGAGGAGACAACAUAAUGGCUAUUCUCAAUUUACAACUCAAGGAUUUGCUUCUUGCAAGGCAAGGUCAUGGAAAGAACAAAGUAGAUGCAAAAGCACACGCAGCUUCCUUAUUGCUCAGGGAUCUGGAGGAAAAAGGGCUUGUAAUUCCAAAGAAUGCUAGCAGAACGGAACAAUCUGAUAGUCCAAAACAUCACAGCAACUUGCUUGAUGCUAUGGACACACAGAAUAUAGCACCACCAAGGCAAAAGGAAUUAACCGUGUCAAGUACUGUUCCUGGCUCUGUUAUUGAUGAACCAUUGGUUGUGAAGGUUAAGUUGAGUAAAGGAGGUCCUCGUAUAUCAUUGUACGAAUCAUGUAAAAAACUACAGUGGCCAAUGCCUACAUUUGAAUAUGUGAAAGUCAAACCAAGCGUGUGCCCCUCAUCUGAUGGUUCCUCACAAAAGGCUGCGCCUCAAGGAUUCGCAUUUUCUUCGAUAAUAACAUUGCACAUACCAAACGGCGAUGUCAUCAGCCUCACAGGAGAUGGACGUGCGGAUAAGAAGAGCUCACAGGAUUCAGCUGCGCUGCUCAUGCUCUAUGAGCUGCAGCGGCGAGGUAGAUUCCAAGUCCAAGAAGUAUGAGGCACCACAACAAAGUCGUGGUUAAAUUGUGAAAAGUGUAAUGUUACCGGUGAUUAUUCGCUUGGGCAUCUUGGAAUAAUAGGAUCAAACCAGUUGCCCUUACCCCUCGCCAGUGUAGGAAAAUAAUAUAGCCGUGCUGGCUUCUGUUGCGUCCAUCUUGUGGAUUCAGAUAUGUCUUCUGUGGGCAUUUGAGGACACAGCUGCGUCCACUGGCCGCCGUGAUGUAUAUGUACAUAUGCAGUAGUAAUAAGCAUCAGCUCGGUUUCCAGAUUCAAAAUUUUAUGAGCCGAAAUUUUCUUGCAA